GGCAACAAAAUUAUGGGUUAUCGGGUCGGGUCGGUAUAGUCUUCCCUAGGCUCCUUCGUCAUCAUCGGAAUGGAAAGACGAAAUGCCGGGAAGCUCUUCUUCCUCUGUUCCUUACGUCUGUCAGAGAGAAAGCAAGAGAAUGGCGACGGCUCCAAGCAUCACCUCCCCUUCUCUUCACAAAUUCGUGCCCAGAAUUUCCACUGAAUCAAUGGGUUUUCUCUCUCAUGCGCCCCAAAGCUUCAGAGCUUCGCCACUUUCCAAGAACCUCCCCCAUCUUUCCAUUUCAAGAAAGCCUCUGAGAAAACCAUUUCACGUAAGCGCAGUGGCGGCUCCAACAGCGUCCGUUGCUGGGUUUGAUGAGAUGGUGUUGGGAACUCAGCGGAAGUACUACCUUCUCGGUGGCAAAGGUGGAGUGGGAAAGACAAGCUGUGCUGCAUCUCUUGCUGUUAAGUUUGCAAACAACGGUCACCCAACUCUGGUUGUUUCGACCGACCCUGCUCACUCCUUGAGCGACUCCUUUGCCCAGGAUUUAACUGGGGGAACGCUUGUACAAGUUGAAGGGCCCGACUAUCCGCUCUUUGCUCUCGAGAUAAACCCUGAAAAAGCCAGGGAAGAGUUUCGCACUUAUAGUCAGAAAAAUGGGGGAACUGGUGUCAAAGAUAUCAUGGAUGGUAUGGGUCUUGGAGUGCUUGUGGAUCAGUUGGGGGAGCUUAAACUCGGAGAGCUACUCGACACUCCGCCUCCUGGACUCGAUGAAGCAAUUGCAAUCUCUAAGGUGAUACAAUUUCUUGAAUCGCAAGAGUACAGCAUGUUUACUCGGAUUAUAUUUGAUACUGCUCCAACAGGACACACUUUGCGGCUUUUGUCCCUGCCCGACUUUUUGGAUGCAUCUAUAGGCAAAAUACUGAAGCUUAAGCAAAAGAUAAAUUCGGCGACCUCUGCUAUUAAGUCGGUAUUUGGGCAAGAAGAAAACAAGCAACAGGAUGCUGCUGACAAGUUGGAGCAACUGAGGGAGAGAAUGGUGAAAGUGCGUGAACUUUUUCGCGAUACAGACUCAACAGAAUUCGUAAUAGUGACGAUUCCAACGGUGAUGGCAGUUAGCGAAUCCUCAAGGUUACAUGCAUCAUUGAAGAAGGAAAGUGUUCCUGUGAAGAGGCUGAUUGUUAAUCAGAUUCUUCCGCCAUCUGUUUCAGACUGCAAGUUUUGUGCAAUGAAAAGAAAGGAUCAGGCGCGUGCUCUUGAGAUGAUACAAAAUGAUCCCGAGCUCACUGGCUUGAAUCUCAUUGAAGCACCACUAGUUGAUGUAGAGAUCAGAGGCGUCCCAGCCCUUAAGUUUAUGGGAGAUAUCGUUUGGAAAUAAACAUACAUCAGGGUACAAAAAAAGGUUCUUUGCAGUGUAACAUCAGGCAAAGUGGAAUUCAUUACGAGGGUAACAAAUGGCACGGCUAUACGGCUUACACAGGACUUGGAAAGCAUGAUACAGGAAUUUACAAGAUCUGAUAUUUAGGCUAUGGGAUAUGCAGUGCAUUGGAAGAAUGAAAUAGUUGCGACUUUCGCAUUGAAUUCCUCCGAAAAUGACAGGAGAAUGUUUUGUGUUAUUGUUCUUUAACCUUGCACCCCUCAUAACUUCAUGUGAUUUUGUGUAAAUUCUCACUGUUUAGCAGCAAGUUCUGCAUUUAUAAAGCUUCCUUUUCUCUUAA